UACUCUGUGUCCUCCCCCGAACUUGGAGAUCUAUUACAUGCUAGCAUCUAAGCUGUGUAGCGAACAUGCCGCUAAUGUCUCGCUUUGCCUAGAUAAUCACCACGUUUACCGCGAUGCCACAGGCUUCGACCUCGACAUCAUGCUCACGCGCAUCUCAUUCGCCUCAAACACAAACGAGCGCUACGCCCUGCGUGUCUACGAGUCGCAUACCCACCCACACACCUACGCGCUGACCGUGCGCUACACCCGCUCGCACACCCUGCCUGUCACUCGCACUCUCGUGCCUAUAAGUUCGUCCUUCGCUGACGUCUUCGGCACAUUCUGUGCGUUCUUCAGGGCGAAGACGAGGCUGCAUUGGGAGAAUAGGUUCGAGAAGAAUUUGAGGGACACAGUGACUAAGGAAUAUGUGGACGGGUAUGGCGGCGAGGAACAGGCCGUGAGGAUGGGGAUCUUGAGUGUUGCGAAGGGCGAUACGAGGUUGUGGCCAUUCGAAUAUUAUCCGCCUAUGGAGGGGCCACAAGGAGUGCUCGUGGAGGGACUGUCCGUGGACAUGAAGGAGAAGUAUAUGAAAUUCGACAUUUGAGCCGUAGACAUGGACUAUGCGCGUUUCACGGUUGUGGUUGAGUCAGAGUUGAGUGAUUUGGGGGGCUAGGAUAGACUAUAUGCGGACGAUAUUUGGGGAGAAGGAAUGUUUUUUUUCGCAGGUUGCGCUUGGGUGUCACAUCAUUUAUCAAUAAAGAACCCGAUCUCGACGGGUGUCAUGCAAAAUUUGGAUCUGAAAUG